UUCUAUAUCUAACGUCAUGGACAGCAAAGUGGUAUGGUUUCGUUCUCUCGUUGAAUUAAUCCUGAUCAGGAAUUAUUAUGCGACUGCAUAUGAAAAUAUUGCAUUAAACAAGACUGCCUGGCAGCUACAUCCUUUUUACGCUCGUCCAGAUUGGGGAGCCGAUAAAGCUGUGGAUGGGAAGUUUUCAGACCGGUCUGCUUUAGGAGGACAAUGCACUAUUUCUUAUAGUUAUGAAAGAACUGCACUUUGGUGGGUGGAUCUUGGAGAAGUGCUUAGUAUACACCAUCUAACUGUCUUCUACAGGACGGAUAAUGUUCCAUGGGACCACUAUAAUGGUUACACAGCCAGAUUCCUUGGUUUUUCUGUUUACAUAUCAAACACAACCGACAAAGACGAGGGGGUUCAAUGUUUUAUGGACACAAUUUAUACCAGAGACACGAUACCAAGUAAUAUAACAAUAGAAUGUAUAAAACAUGGACGAUACAUCAUCUACUACAAUGAGAGACUCCCAGGAGUUACCUACCCUGAGGGAUAUUCCAAGGGCGCACAAAACGAACUUUGUGAAUUUGAAGUUUUUG